CCGGUGCUGCUCCACCGUACGAUCGGAGAGGGUUUGGGUAUUUUGGUAAAGCUCUCUCAUGGAAUGGCAGAUCUUGUGAGUUAUGGUAAUGUCGUCCGAGACAUCGAGCAGGCUCUAAUUGCAUUGAAGAAAGGUGCUCAAUUGUUGAAAUAUGGUCGGAAAGGAAAGCCUAAGUUUUGUCCAUUUAGACUCUCCAAUGAUGAGACAUCUUUGAUCUGGAUUUCAAAUGGUGGAGAAAAACGUUUAAAGUUAGCAACUGUAUCUAAGAUUGUUCCAGGACAGCGAACUGCUGUUUUCCAACGUUACCUUCGCCCGGAUAAGGAUUAUUUAUCUUUUUCACUCAUAUACUCCAACAGGAAGCGGACUCUUGAUUUGAUUUGCAAGGACAAAGUUGAGGCAGAGGUGUGGAUAGCUGGCCUAAAAGCUUUGAUAUCUGGUCAGGCUGGCCGCUCUAAAAUUGACGGCUGGAGUGAUGGAGGCCUUUCUAUUGCUGACAGCAGAGACUUGACAUUAAGCAGUCCUACCAACAGCUCAGUUUGUGCUUCUCGAGAUUAUAACAUUGCUGAGACUCCCUACAAUUCAACCGCUUUUCCCCGGACUUCUAGAACUGAGAAUUCUGUCAGUUCUGAACGGUCACAUGUGGCAUCAGAUAGCCCAAAUAUGUUAGUACGAGGACCUGGAUCAGACGUGUUCCGGGUUAGUGUUUCUAGUGUUCAAAGCAGCUCAAGUCAUGGUUCUGCUCCAGAUGAUUGUGAUGCUCUAGGUGAUGUUUAUAUAUGGGGUGAAGUGCUAUGUGAUAAUGUUGCCAAAUUCGGGGCUGAUAAGAAUGCUACUUGUGUUGGUUCAAGGUCUGAUGUUCUGAUUCCAAAGCCGUUAGAAUCCAAUGUAGUUUUGGAUGUCCAUCACAUAGCAUGUGGUGUUAGGCAUGCUGCUCUAGUCUCUAGGCAAGGUGAGGUUUUUACAUGGGGUGAAGCAUCCGGAGGACGUCUUGGCCAUGGAAUGGGAAAAGAUGUUACUGGGCCACAGCUUAUUGAGUCUCUAGCUGCUACUAGUGUUGACUUUGUUGCCUGUGGUGAGUUCCAUACAUGCGCUGUCACAAUGACAGGAGAGAUUUACACAUGGGGUGAUGGAACACACAAUGCAGGACUUCUCGGCCAUGGUACCGAUGUGAGUCACUGGAUACCUAAGAGAAUAUCAGGUCCUCUUGAAGGUCUUCAAAUUGCUUCCGUAUCCUGUGGACCAUGGCACACCGCUUUGAUAACAUCAACUGGACAGCUUUUUACUUUUGGAGAUGGGACUUUUGGUGUUUUAGGGCAUGGUGACAAGGAAACUGUAUUUUAUCCAAGAGAAGUUGAAUCUUUAUCUGGUUUGCGGACUAUUGCUGUUGCAUGUGGUGUAUGGCAUGCUGCUGCAAUAGUAGAAGUCAUUGUCACUCAGUCAAGUUCAAGUAUUUCAUCAGGAAAGCUGUUCACAUGGGGUGAUGGUGACAAGAGCCGUCUUGGUCAUGGAGAUAAAGAGUCUCGGCUUAAACCCACUUGUGUAUCAGCUCUAAUUGACCAUACUUUUCAUAGAGUUGCAUGUGGACAUAGUUUAACAGUUGGUUUGACCACAUCGGGAAAAGUUUACACGAUGGGUAGUACAGUUUAUGGUCAACUAGGGAAUCCCAAUGCUGAUGGGAAGCUUCCUUGCUUAGUAGAGGAUAAACUAAUUAAGGAUUGUGUUGAAGAAAUAGCAUGCGGAGCUUAUCAUGUAGCAGUUUUAACAUCUCGAAAUGAAGUAUUUACAUGGGGGAAGGGUGCCAAUGGGAGAUUAGGUCAUGGAGAUAUUGAGGACCGUAAGGCACCAACUCUUGUCGAUACUUUGAAAGAGAGACAUGUAAAAAAUAUUGCCUGUGGUUCAAACUUCACAGCAGCAAUAUGUCUUCAUAAAUGGGUUUCUGGUACUGAGCAAUCUCAAUGUUCAGCUUGUAGACAGGCUUUCGGAUUCACACGAAAAAGGCACAAUUGUUACAACUGUGGACUUGUCCACUGCCAUUCAUGCAGUUCCAAGAAAUCACUAAAAGCUGCUUUGGCCCCUAAUCCAGGCAAGCCUUAUCGUGUCUGCGAUUCAUGUUACUCUAAACUAAGUAAAGUGUCAGAAGCUAGUACUGAUAGCAGAAAGAAUAUUAUGCCACGACUUUCCGGUGAGAACAAGGACAGAUUGGAUAAAGCCGAGAUAAGAUUGGCUAAAUCAGGAAUACCAUCAAAUAUAGAUUUGAUCAGGCAGCUGGAUAGCAGGGCAGCUAGACAAGGAAAGAAGGCGGAUACAUUCUCUCUUGUCCGCACUUCCCAAACACCUCUAACUCAACUUAGAGAUGCUCUGACUAAUGUGGCUGACUUACGGCGUGGGCCACCAAAACCAGCAGUAACUCCAUCUGGAGCAAGCUCCAGAUCUGUGUCACCUUUCUCAAGGAGGUCUAGUCCUCCUCGUUCAGUCACUCCCAUUCCUUUGACGGCUGGUCUUGGUUUUUCAACAAGUAUAGCUGAGAGUUUGAAGAAGACAAAUGAACUUCUGAAUCAGGAAGUAGUCAAAUUGCGCGCCCAGGCCGAGAGUCUGAGGCACAGAUGCGAGGUCCAAGAAUUCGAAGUUCAGAAAUCUGUGAAAAAAGUACAAGAAGCAAUGAACCUGGCAGCAGAGGAAUCUGCCAAAUCAGAAGCCGCAAAAGAAGUUAUAAAAUCUCUGACAGCUCAGGUCAAGGAUAUAGCUGCGCUGUUACCACCGGGUGCUUACGAAGCUGAGACCACACGGACAGCUAAUUUAUUGAACGGGUUUGAGCAAAACGGAUUUCACUUUGCUAAUGCAAAUGGACAGCGUCAAUCACGAUCUGAUUCAAUGAGUGACACCUCACUUGCUUCGCCUAUGGCUAUGCCCGCUCGUUCAAUGAAUGGACUCUGGCGAAAUUCCCAGUCGCCAAGAAACACAGAUGCAAGCAUGGGCGAACUUCUAAGUGAGGGGGUCCGAAUCAGUAAUGGUUUCUCAGAAGAUGGUGACAACCGCCGAAACUCAAGAAGCUCAGCAGCCUCAGCUUCAAAUGCUUCUCAAGUGGAGGCGGAGUGGAUCGAACAGUAUGAACCUGGUGUUUAUAUAACACUAUUGGCCCUAGGCGAUGGAACUAGAGAUCUCAAACGUGUGCGCUUUAGCCGGCGAAGAUUCAGGGAGCAUCAGGCAGAAGCAUGGUGGUCAGAGAAUCGCGAAAGAGUGUACGAGAAGUACAACAUUCGUGCUUCACCCAAAUCAGCAAUGGAAGCUAGACUCUCCGAAACUCUUGGCCUCCCAUCACCGAAUCUUAAUCACUGCCAUUUUCCCAACGAUUUCAAUUCCCUCUUCACUCAUUUCUCCGAUCUCACCUCCGUCCAAAGCCCUAUCGUCAGAAACCCUAAACCUAAAACCAAAUUCUCUCAAAAAUCACCAAACUUUUCAGCAAAUUUCAGAAGAUCCGACCCACUAUUUGCAUCAACAUCAAUCUCGGAUCCAAUCCACGCGAAACCCGGACCCGAAUUCCUGAAAUGGAUCAAACCAGCAUCACGAAGCAGUCCAAAAAUUCAAACACUCAUGAAACAACUCUCCGUCUGGGAACGUGCCAUCAUCGGUGCCGGAGCCGGUGGACUCGCCGGAGCUUUUACGUACGUUGCUCUUCUCCCACUUGACGCAAUCAAAACCAAGCUUCAGACCAAAGGCGCUUCUCAGGUUUAUCGCAACACAUUUGAUGCUAUAGUUAAGACAUUUCAAGCUAAAGGUGUUUUAGGUUUCUACAGUGGUGUCUCCGCCGUGAUUGUUGGCUCUACGUUUUCCUCCGCCGUGUAUUUUGGUACUUGUGAGUUUGGUAAGUCUCUCCUCUCCAAAUUCCCGGAUUUUCCGACGGUUUUAAUCCCGCCUACUGCUGGUGCUAUGGGAAACAUAAUCUCGUCGGCGAUAAUGGUUCCUAAAGAGCUCAUUACACAGAGAAUGCAAGCUGGAGCUAGUGGGAGGUCGUACCAAGUUUUGCUUAAGAUACUUGAGAAAGAUGGAAUCUUGGGGCUUUAUGCCGGUUAUUCGGCUACAUUGUUGAGGAAUUUACCGGCUGGUGUACUAAGUUAUUCGUCGUUUGAGUAUCUGAAAGCCGCGGUUUUGGAGAAAACGCAGCAGAGCCAUCUUGAGCCUUUGCAGAGUGUUUGUUGUGGUGCGUUGGCUGGUGCGAUAUCUGCUUCGAUAACUACACCAUUAGAUGUGGUGAAGACUAGGUUGAUGACGCAGAUUCAUGUGGAGGCAGUGAAUAAACUUGGUGCUGCUAUGUAUACUGGUGUUGCUGGAACAGUGAGACAGAUAUUGAAAGAGGAAGGUUGGGUUGGUUUUACCCGUGGCAUGGGGCCUAGAGUUGUUCACAGCGCUUGUUUCUCAGCGAUCGGUUAUUUUGCGUUUGAGACUGCGAGGCUUACAAUCUUGAAUGAAUAUUUGAAAAGGAAAGAAGAUUCUGAAGCUACCGUUGCUGCUGAUUCUUGAGUUUGCUUUUUGGUAUAGUCAGAUGAACAGAGAGAGUUUCUCCUUGUUUCUGAAGAGAAGCAUCAAGCUUUGUCUAGAACCAAGCUUGGAUUCUAAGAGGUUACUGUGGCAGAUUGUGAGAGCUUUGUUCUUUCUAAGAUUUGCUUCUUUUUUCUGUUGGGUUUAGUGUUUCCUCAGUUUUGAUUUUCUCACAAUUACAUUGUUCACAUUUGUGUAAGACGAUCUUUAAUCAUUUCUGUUCCCAAAUUUUCCAUUGAAGAGAAUUACUGUAGUAAGUAAUAAUAACUUGACUCUUUU